AUGCAGCAGCCUCCACAGACUGUUCCCGCAGGAGCGGCUGCUCCACCUCCUGCAGGCAUUGCUCGGAAUAUGUACUGGAGAAACGGCUCGCUCAGUAAACGAGCAAAUGCAACAGCUGCCCCAGUGCAGCCCGUGACAGACCCUUUUGCAUUUGGCAGACAAACUCCACAGGGUCCCCCUUUAGAUAAUCUAUCCACGGGCAAUGCGUUGGUUAUGCCGAGUCCUUCCCCAGCGGCGUUUCCGCAGCCGGCUCUUAUGCUUACUUCACCGCCGUGUGCAGGGGACAACCCUCAUGGACCACAUACGUCUCUAUCUGCUCCUGUAUCUCAACCAGGAAUAAAUACCAGUAUGUUUUCUAAUGUUCAGGUUCCUUCACCGUCCCCGGGAUAUGUUAUAAAUAGUACUACAGAAGUGCAUCCAAAUGCAAAUCUUGGACUCCGUGGGCCUGCAGUACCAUUGCAUUAUAAUACAGGAGCAGCAGUUGAAAAUUCUUUCAGUGUGCAUCCUGGAAUGGUGUCCAAGCCUGGAGGUAGACAAGAUGUUAGUAGAGAUCCAAACGAUGUUCCUUCAGGACCCAAUGCAACACCACUCUUCCCUCCAUCUCCUCAGCAGCCUCUGUCUCAGUGGAGGCCUGUUCCAAGUAACCUGCAGUCUCCAGUUCGAAAUUUUGUGCCCUAUCCUGAUCCAUCUUCUCAGACUGAUGUUCAUAACAUUUCUCAGUCUUCUGUGAGCACUUCUCAUCUUCCUCCACAGACGAAUUUACAGCAGGGUCCUGUACACCAAGGUAUUCCACAAAAUAUGCAAGCACCUUUAUCCAUUGGUUGUGAAAAGAAUGGGAAAAAUGGCUCUGCAAAUAGCAGCAUCCAGCCUGGAAAUGUGUUUAGGCAGAACGCAGAAAUGCCUAACGCUUGGUUAAGUCAACCAUACCAGCAACAGUUUUACCCACAGCCACCAUUGCACGACUCCAGUUUUGUCAUUCCCACCACUCAGGAAAGUAACCCCAAAAACCAGUCUCCAGAUACGUCCGAAACAUUAAAUAGGCCUCUUCCCACAGAUCGAGAUUCAGGAAGUCUCUCCAUGUUUUUCAAAGGGGAUGAGGCAGAAAAUGAAGAAAUACUUUCAUCUGACAAAAAUUACAUGGUUGAGAAAACAGAGUUUGACGCUUGUCAGCCAAAUUUGUAUCACCAGCCAGUGCAUCCUCAGAGGGUUGGGACAGGCUCAGCCAACGAGAUGGUACAAAAAGGAAUGGAUGUCCAAUACUUCCCUAAAAUUGUAAGUCAGCAGGAGCCCACGGCUGUUAAGCACUCCAUGUUUGUCGGUGAGGACAAGGCACGUAUAGGUGAUGUGUCUGGGAACGGUGGGUCACAGUAUGAAAAUGUUGAGAACCUGGAGUGCGUUCAGAAUCAAGAAGUGCUGCCGAGUGAACCACAGAACAUCAGUGCUUCAUCCCCUGCGGCUGGUCCUGAUCUGUACAGAUAUGGAUCCUUCCCAGGUCAGAUGCUUCCGAAGAAUGCUGUUGUGAGCCGUGCUGAAGGAGGACCAAAUUUGGAGGCACCUGAUUCAUUACCUCAUCCUGUCCGACCAGAUAGUGUGUCUUCAAACUACAGCAGCAUUAGCCACAGGAGCGCUUCUAGCUCCGCAAGACCUCAAGAGCAAGUCGGUACGUUUAUUCAGCAAGAAAGUGGGAAGCCUGAUGAAGAAUCUUCUGCGAGCUUCUUUAAACAGAUCGACUCCUCUCCUCUUGGAGGCGAUUCAAGUGAGCUAAACCUGGGCAAGAACUACCAUGGCAAUCUAUCCCAGCCUCCAACUCCAAGUCCUCCUAAGCCUACCGGAGUAUUUCAGACAAGUGCAAAUAGUUCUUUCGAACCGGUGAGAUCCCAUGGAGUUGGUAUAAAACCUGCAGAGAUUGACCAAGCGAAGAUGGUGGUUGAAUUAAGAGAGAACCCCUCAAUCCGAAAGAAUAUCAAGACCACCACAGCUGUGCCGGCCGCGUCCCCAGGCAAUCUUGAACAGCCACCGGAUAACCUGGAAACUAUUGCAGGCACUGGUGAACCUGGGAAUGUGUUGCACUCUGGUCCUGUUAUGGAAAAUAUACAGUCAGUAUCUGAGAGAAGGUCCUCGACAAGAGCUCAGGGAGCAGUUAAGAAGUGUGAUAGCCCAGCAACAACUUUAUGGGCUCAUAACGAGCUACCUAAUUUUGGGGGAAAUGUUCUUCUAGCUCCUGCUGCUCCUGCGGUGUACGUACCUGCUAAACAAACUGUGGAAGUCAUUCAGCCACCAGAAGAAGGCCUGCCUAAUCAGCAGCCAAUUAAACCAGGAAACAUUGCUGUACAGCUUUCCCAGGAGGGAAAUAUAUCUUCAGAAAAUCUUGAGAAUCCUCCCAAAAUGGGAGAAGAGGAGGCGCUUCAAUCUCAGGUGACAAAAGAUGUACAGCAUCAAGCUGUAUCAGAGCGAGCUGUACAGGGAGCAUUGCCACCUCAACCACAAAUACAAGCAGCUCAGAUGCAGCAACAAGCAUCAUCUGGGCACUCCUCAGUUCCUCCGAACUACCAGAUUCCCACAGGGACUAAAGCCAUGCAGGCACCUCAGCAGCGGGAGAACCAGAUGCCGAGCAACUGUCCUCAACCUGUGGGUCCCCAAGAGGCGGGUUCAGCACAGCUGACAACAAGGUACGACCAACCGAGUCCUGACAAGCCGCCAGCAUCUGGGCCGCCAUCAGCUGCUCCGACGUCCACGGCCCCUUCUGCCUCCGCCAGUCAGUCAGUCGUGCCAAAUGCACAAGACCUGCAGCGUCCACCUCUGCCUCAGACUCCUCAGGGUGACUUUGGUCCACCCCAGAACCCGUACUACUACUAUAGACAUCCGUAUGAUGCUUACCAGCCUCCGUAUGCGGCACCUUACCCUCCUGCAGACCCCAGAACAGCUCAUCUUUACUACAUGGAGGAUAGCUAUGGACAGUAUGACCCGCGGUACAGACACUACGAUAGCACCAGCACUGCUUACAUGGAGCCUGGGAGCUAUCGGUAUUCUGAGCCUGAACGUCCUAGUUCCAGAGCCAGUCACUGCUCAGACAGGCCUUCUUCUAGGCAGGGGUAUGCUGAAGAUUAUUAUACAAAAAGUGGAUGGAGCGAUUAUUAUCCAGGCUAUUACCCAAACUCGUAUGAUUAUGGAGAUCCAAGUCGCUGGGAACGUUACCAGUCAACAUAUGACCCCAGAUACAGAGAUCCUAGAAGUUACGACCAGAGGUAUUGGUAUGAUGCUGAACACAACCCGUACCAGAAGAGAGAAGCGUACCCGUACGGCAACAGACAUGACCGAUACGAAGAUAACUGGAGAUACGAUCCUCGUUUUGCUGGAAGCUUUGACGAUGAAUCUGAGCCCCAUAGAGACCCUUACGGUGAUGAAUUCGAUCGACGCAGUGUCCACAGUGAGCAUUCCGGUCAUAGCCUCCGCAGCUCCCGCAGUGUUCACAGUCGCCAGAGUAGUUUCAGCUCCCGUUCCCAGCAAAGCCAGCUGUAUAGAAGUAAUCACGACCUAACGGCUAAUACGUAUGAACCUACUGCGCAGGCAGUGUCGCUCCACACAGAUUAUCCAUAUGGCGGAUACGCUGCUAACUUUGACGGACAACAGCCUUUUACAGAUUAUGGCUACCCGCCUGAAGCUGGAUGGUCAGCUGUAGAACAAGCACCUUUAAGGCCCUCAACGCCUGAGAAAUUUUCAGUGCCUCAUAUCUGUGCUAGGUUUGGUCCUGGGGGCUUCUUAAUCAAAGUGCUGCCAAACCUGCCUUCAGAGGGACAGCCAGCCCUGGUUGAAAUACACAGUAUGGAGACUAUGCUACAGCACUCUCCAGAGCAAGAAGAGAUGAGGGCGUUUCCUGGUCCUCUUGCUAAGGAAGAUACCCAUAAAGUGGAUGUUAUUAAUUUUGCACAAAAUAAAGCUACGCAGUGCUUUAAGAACGAAAAUCUAAUUGACAAAGAAUCUGCAAGUCUGCUUUGGGACUUCAUUGUGCUGUUGUGCAGGCAGAAUGGGACCGUUGUGGGAACAGACCUGGCUGAACUUUUGCUCCGAGAUCAUAAAACAGUGUGGCUUCCUGGGAAGUCCCCUAAUGAGGCAAACUUGAUUGAUUUCACUAAUGAGGCUUUGGAACAAGUGGAAGAAGAAUCGGGUGAAGCCCAGCUCUCCUUUCUCACUGAUAGUCUUGUAACCGCGAUUGACAGUCUUGAGAAAGAGACUGAGCGAUUUAGAGAGUUGCUGCUUUAUGGCCGCAAGAAGGAUGCUUUGGAGUCUGCCAUGAAGCAUGGUUUAUGGGGUCAUGCUCUGCUACUUGCCAGCAAGAUGGACAGCAGGACACACGCAAGAGUUAUGACAAGGUUUGCCAACAGUCUCCCAAUUAAUGACCCUCUGCAGACUGUUUACCAGCUCAUGUCUGGAAGGAUGCCAGCUGCGUCCACGUGCUGUGGAGAUGAGAAAUGGGGAGACUGGAGGCCUCAUCUAGCAAUGGUGUUAUCCAACUUGACCAAUAAUGUGGACUUGGAAUCCAGGACCAUUGCUACCAUGGGAGACACUCUUGCUUCCAAAGGCCUGCUGGAUGCUGCCCAUUUUUGUUACCUUAUGGCCCAAGUUGGUUUUGGAGUUUACACAAGGAAGACAACAAAGCUUGUCCUAAUUGGAUCAAAUCAUAGUUUGCCAUUUUUUAAGUUUGCCACCAAUGAAGCCAUCCAAAGAACAGAAGCCUAUGAGUAUGCACAGUCACUAGGAACUCAGCCCGGCUGCUUGCCCAAUUUCCAGGUUUUCAAAUUCAUCUAUGCUUGCCGGCUAGCUGAAAUGGGACUUGCUGCUCAGGCUUUCCAUUACUGUGAAGUGAUUUCCAGAACUGUCCUUAAAGAUCCACAUUACUAUUCACCGGUACUUAUCAGCCAGCUAAUCCAGAUGUCAGCGCAACUACGCCUGUUUGACCCACAGAUAAAAGAAAAACCAGAACAAGAAUCUUUUAUUGAACCUUCGUGGUUAGUAACGCUUCGACACGUGGAUGGACAGAUCAAGGAGGGUGCAAUAGCUUACAACACAGACAGAUCCACCCCGCCGCCAUAUGCAUGUAGUACACCGAGCUCUGAAUUAGACCAUGCGAGUCAAUGUGAUGGAGCAGGGGGUGGCCGGGAUGCGGGUCCGGGUGCUGAAAACGCGUUGUUAGCGUCCUUACUACCCAAUAUGGCUCAACAGAUGCAGAGCGUGCAGCUGAUGCCUUCAGUACCUCAGGCUGUCCUUGAUGGGUCAGCUGCUAUGAUUCCUCCUGGUGAGCCGGAAGCUGUCCGAAGUGUCCCCUUUUAUUCAGUGCCGUCUCAGCCUGUUGGUCCGGGACCUGGCUUUGCACCUCCAGGAUUUUCCAAUCCGUACGGAACUGAACCAUCACCACUGUAUUUGGGGUCAGCACUGCCACCGGGAGGGCCACCGCAAGAAAUUGAGCCACGGUCAGAAGAGCAGACAAACCUAGAAACAGGAAUGCAGAGAAUUGCCCCGGAGUCUUCUUUCCCUGACCAGAGAGAGGAGGAUUUCUACGGCAGAAUGGCUAGCAUGGGCUAUGGGCGAAGAUCCCGAACAACUUCAGAGUCCUCUGCUCAUUCUGUGGGACGAGAGAGAUCCAACUCUGCAGCAAAACAGCCUUCUCCUCCUCCCUCUGCUCCUGUAGGAAAAGAGACUAAAAAGGAAACAAAAAAGGAGUCGGCACCUAGAAAGACUGGUGCAAACUGGUUUCGCUGGCUGAUGGGAAAAGGAAAGAAUGAAGCUCACCUUCCAGAUGACAAGAACAAAUCAAUUGUUUGGGAUGAACAGAAACAACGCUGGGUUAAUCUGGAUGAACCAGAAGAAGAGAGUAAACCUCCGCCACCUCCUCCAACAGGAUUUCCUAAAGUUCCUCAGGCUGUUGCCCCUGGACCUGGAGGCCCCCCUAGUGCACCUGUCAACAUGUUCUCCAGGAGAGCAGCUGGAAGCAGAGCCCGUUACGUUGAUGUCCUGAAUCCGAGUGGAACCAAGUCAAGCGGUGCUGUUCCUGCACCAUCAGACCUGUUUGCCCCCUUGGCCCCAAUGCCAAUUCCUGCCAACAUACUUGUUCCCAACUCAGUUCCAGGGGAACCCCAGCCGAUGGAAGGGAGUGGUGCAGCAGAGCACACACCAGCUGUGAAUCAAACCAACGCAGAUCCUGCUGCGGCCGUUGAACCAGAGUAUUUAAACCCUGCGGUCCUUCCUCCUGCAUCUGGACUUCCCGUUUCUAACCCUGACGGCUCUCAAUCAGGCGAGCUUUCGCGCUCUAGUUCAAUGAGUUCAUUAUCGCGUGAAGUAAGCCAGCAUUUUAAUCAGCCGGCCGCUCUGCCGCCCUCGGGGGGACCUUCAGCGGGAAUGGUGCCGUGCUACAAUCCAUCCCAGUUCGCACAAUCUCCCGCAGUCACUGGAAAUUCAAGACUGGGAAGAAUUGGACAGAGGAAGUACCCGACGUUGAAGUAG